AUGGACUGGACUAUAGGACCACUCCAGAAUGCUGGUACAAAUCCAAACCCACCAAGUGAAGCAUCAUGUUGUACUCAGUUGCUUUCUAAUGAACAUGUCUUUCCUCAGACAAAUGCCAAUUCCUCUAAAAAUACAUGUGUUUAUGUUGGAAAUAACCAGCUCAUGUAUUUGCCGACUAGCAGUGUUGCCUUCCCUCUUGCAAAUGCCGAAGGAUUCAGAACUUCAGAUCAGACUUUGCCAGAAGUAUCUGUAGCUGGUAAUAAUUUUUUUACAUCAAAAUUUGCAGUUAAACGAUAUCCACAGAUGCCCAUAGCUCCGAAACCUCCCAUUCAGAAAUCACAUUUGCCAGCAGAGAUGACUCAGACUUCUUGGCCAAUCUCUAAUGCCCAUGCUUAUUCCUAUAGAAAUUUACCUCCCCUGUCUUCUCAAAUGAGUACCGGGAAUAACGUAAGGAAUGUACCUUGGGAACCUCAGUAUGUUGCUACAGACACUUACACUCUGCAGCCACAAAUACUGCAGCAUAAUUCUAUGAGACCUGCACCGUUAUAUCAAAGUGGUAUUCCUUCCCAGAAUAAUUCUCUCUCUCUUGGUACAUCCGGGCAACCUGUCCAAACCCAAACGUUUCAUUCCAAUACUCAGUAUAAAGUUUCGCACUCACUCAAUCAAAAUACCGAAACAAAUGUACAACCUCCACAAUAUCAACCAAGUCAGAUGGGACCAGAAGUUCCUAGCAGAUGUUCUGCACCAUCUUUGUUGCCUGCCAACUGUGUUUCAAGAGCUGCAGCACAAUCUUCAAUAGGUCUAUUACAGGAAGUACAAAACGUACCUAGUGGAUACACGCUUAGCCAACAGAGGUGCCCAUCAGAUCCAAAAAAUGCUUCUGGUUUUAACAGUAUUCAGCAACACUGUCAGAAGCAGCAAUCUGGGGAACUCAGUCAACCAGUCUUGAAUGUCAGUAAUUCAAGUGGAAAUGUGAAUCAGUCUUUUAAUGAAAUGUCUGUGCCAUCCCCUGCUGUUCCCAAAGAACUGUUUGAUAUUGUGAAAGAAAUAGAAGCUUUUUCUUCAAAGCCACCGUGUGAUCCUGCUUCAGUUCAAGAAAGCCAGACUAAUAGUUUAACGAAUGGGCCUGUUAAUUCUCAAAUUUCUUCAGCAGCAGCUGAUGAAAGAACGUUUGCAAAGUCCAGACUAGCUUGGGAAGUUAAGAGGCAGACCAGUGUUAAAAACAAAAGGGCCCUGCUUGAAAAGAUUCAGCAUUAUAGACAGAAAUUCUUAGCUUCAAAAAAUGAAAAAAGUACUCUCCCUCCUCCUCCAAGUUAUCAGUGUGCUCUUGCUAAUUGUCUUCCACGGGUGCCCAACCAAAAUGUGCCACCUUCCACAUCUGAAACAGUGGGGACAGAGAGUCCAAUGCUUAAGAUUUCACAUGAAGAAAGAAAAGUGCCUCAAGGUAACCCUCAGGUGGAGCAGGGAAGCCUUUCAUCAAGCUCUGCUCCUAUUCUCUCUCAGAGCAAACUCCCAGCUCAAUUAAACAAUCUUGAGAGCAUUUCCACCUUGGAACAAAGGGAUGCAUAUGCCUUGGCUUCUCCUGGAGAAACCGUGACUGCUUCAAACAGUGCUUCAUGUUUUAGUCAAGCAGGUGGCUCUGACACAGUUGCAUCAAAGAGUGUGCAACACUACCCUGAGAACUCAUCGUUUUUUCAGUUUGUACUGAGCAGCACAAAUAUAUUGAAAGAGAAGACAGCUGGUGCUACUGCUGAUAAAAUACUGACUAGUCUCCUGUCUAAUGAAAAAACACUGAUCGAUACAUCUGUCUCUGGUGGAAGCUUGCUAAAAGACAAUGGUGUGAAGAAUGUAGAAAGUUUGAAAGGUGAGAAGGCAUCUAUGGUUAACACAAACUCUCCUGUAUCAGAAACAACUGGAGCUGGUGAAGCUAAAUUCCAGAGUGAGGUAGCUCAGAAAAUGAUGCCAUUUACUGAAGAUACAUCCCAUAAACAAAGCAAUUGCAGUUACUCUGUGGAAGAGCUAUCUGCAUGCCUGAGCUUGGGGAUGAAGCAUUCAUCAGACUCUCUAAGUGUGCAAAAUAGCCAGUCAAAUGAAAGCCCCACAGCAAAUCAGAUUUCACCCAACAGCCAAAACACACAGAAAAGAGAACAAAAUGAUGUUCUGCUUGAUAUGGGCGAAGCAGUUUUACCUAUAACAACUACCUCUGUAGAACAAAAACUUGAUACAUCAAGUUCCAAUUUGGUAAAGAAUUUUGAACCUCAAGUUGCAGUUGUCUCUCCUUUAGUACUUUCUGGACAAAGAACAGAGAGUGAGCAGGCAGAUGAAAUUCCAACAUCUGAAGGUAAAACCUGUCCAGUGAUCGACUCGGGAAACAUAUGUAGCUUGCAAGAAUGGGGAAGAAACGGUUUAAGUGUGGUAAAUACUGGCAAAGGAGCAAGAGAAACUGCUUGGUCAUCAUCCAGUGGUUGUGUUCUGGAAGAGAAAGUGGACUCACAUUUGCCACAGAUCAAAUCAGGUGGUGAAAACAGAAUAGUAAAAACCAGUGUAAAUGAUUCAUAUGAUGAAAACCAAAAGAAAGUUAGUCAAUCUGCACAAGAUUCCAGAGAAAAUCUGAAGCUUGGAUUACAAACCAAACCUUAUCUUCCUGAAUCAGGCAUAAAUUUUCCUAGUAAAAUCAUGCAAGAAGAUGUAAUAGUCCAUAGAACUGUAUUAGAGACAGGUGAUACAUCCACAGCUGUGCUGGAAAAUCAGAUGUUUUGUAUUUCUAGUGUAUGUUCUCUUGUUGAAGGUGAUACAUUUUAUAAUCCACAAAUAGCAGGUAUCUUCAGGUCAGUCUAUGAGACACCUGCAUCAGAAGGAAAGGCAUCUGAUAAAAAGCAAAAGGACCAAUUGCGGGACAUGUGUAAAAAUGAGCUGAGCAAUAACACUCUCCUAAGAGAAAGUUUGCUGCAGAAGAUGUUGGAAGAAUCACCAGGCUGCAUGAGUAAAGCAGAUAAGAUUUUGCAUGGUAUCACAACUAGUCAUGUGGAGAAAGAAAGCAGUGGCAAUCCUGUUAAAACAGUUUCUACCUCCAAACGAAAAAUGUCACUCAAGGCAUCUCUCAAGAAUCCUGAAAAUAACUUAGAAAGUCUUGCUAAUACAAACCAGAAGUUAGCUCAUAAUUCACUAGAUGUGUCUAUUGAUAUAACUGGUGAAACAAAUGCAUUCACUGUUCCAGAAGACCAGAAUAAACAAAAUUCCAUGUCCAGUAAAAAAAGCACAGAAAAAGAGGUGAGCUCUUCUGGAGCAGAACCUAGUCAUUAUCUAAGCAAUCAGCUGUCUGAACUAAUGAAAGAGUUUCCAUGUGGCAUUGAAGUUACUGAUAUGCUAAGGAAAGAACCAGCAAAAAAUUAUUCAGUAGCUGAGGGGAAGGUGAAUCGACCUCAUAAAGAGAUUAAAAUUAGUGACAAGAGUUCUCAUUUGAAGGACCCAGUAGAUCAGACAAAAUUUGCAGUGUUAAGUUCCGGUCAGAUUCAAGAACUGUUUCCUGAACAGAACCAGUGUCCAUCUAGUGACAGCAAGAAAGCAGCAAGUCAGCAGUCAGAAAAGGCUUCAGCUGAGAAGGAGAAUGUUGAAAGCAGUGUCCAUCCUACUGAGAGUCUAUGUGAGAAGGAAAAAACCCCACAAGAAACCUCUAGCCCUAGGGAAAAAAAAGAAGAAGAUUGUUCUUUAGCGGCUUGUCUGUCUGCAGCAUCUGAAAUGCCACAUUGUCCCUGUAUAUUAGGAGCAUCUGGCUCAGAGAAAAAUGACUGUCAGCUUUCAAAAGCUGAAAACAGUAGCUCUUCAGAGAAACAAGAAAACAACAGUAAAUCCGAUGCCCUACUAGAGAAACACUGUACAGUGGUAAACCUGACAACUUCUGAAAAAAUCACAGACAGUAUCAACAAAAAUGAAAAAUAUACUUGCGAUGAGCAUUCAAUGAACACCUCUUCAAUGAACAUAAAAGCUAGGCCAAAGGUGAAUAAUGAAUGCCAGCUGCUUGCAACACAAGAAGAAAAAAUUGGACCUCUGAAUUCCUCUGAAAACCAGGAUGCUGACAAAUAUCAAAGCAGUAGCUGUGAGAAAGAGCUGCAGAUUGACAAAGAAGGCCCAUUGUCAGGCAAAGAAUUUAAUUCUGAAUGCAAAGAAUUUCCUUCUGGUAUAAAAGAACAGCAGACAAUCUCAAAAGAGAUGUCAGAGAAAGCUGGUCUUGCACACACAGGCAACAUGGCAAAGUCAUCCAGAAAUAAAGUUGCCAAAACUAAAUCCCUUUCAAAAGAUGAAACCAAAACAGAUUUGGCCACGAAAUCCAAAAUGGACAUUCACAAAUUUGUGAAGUCAGAAAGUGUUGACAUUAAGCACUCUGAAGUCAAUCAAGGAAAAAAAAUGAAAACUUGUGAAGACAAAGCUGAAGGACAGAACUGCAUGAAACAAAACGAGAUGCUUAGGCCAGACAUGGGAAUUAACAUCCAAGAGAAAUCCACAUUACCAGCAGAGAUAAAAGAUCAAAAGCUGAAUAGUUACCGAACUGAUGCCAUAAAGUUCUCAUAUUUUGCUGCUAUAGACUUGAAGUCAAGAAACACAAAAUAUUCUCAGCAUAAAUCUGUGAAAGUUAAUCCUUCGCAGGAGCAGUCAUACAAACGGAAGAUGAAGGAAAAUAUGAUUGGGAAAAGAGACCUUAAGAAAGCAAAGUUGGAAGAGGAAAGACUUACACAAUCUGAAGCAAAGAAUUCCAAGCAGCUUUCACAUAAUUGUGUGGUAAAUACUGACAAAGCUAAAAAGCUGAAUGGCGAAAAUGGCCGGAAACCAAAGAGUUCCUUAACAGAUCGCUCUGUGCUUAAAGUGCAGAGAAAAAGGACUCGAUCUUCUACCAUGUCUAAAAACUACUUUUCUAACAAGGAGAGACGUCUUGACAGUCAAAACAAGGACAAGUGCUCUGAGAAAAUGUUUCCUGAUAAAAAUCUGCUAUACUUAAAUAGAAGAAAUAGCAGAUUAAAAUUGCAUCUUCAAAAGGAACCAAAAAAACACUACCUGAACAGAGUUGCAUUUAAACGUACAGCACAGGAACGUAUAUAUCUGACAAAAUUAGAGACAUCACCGGUCAGACCUGUCUGGCACAAAAAGACCAAAGCAUCACAAAACAGUGAUGCGAAAAGUGAUGUGUCUGCCUUGGCAGCUGAGAAAUCAUGCACACAGGAAGUCCUUGAAUUUAAGCUGUGUCCAGAGAUACUGUUCAGAAGUCCAACCACUGAUGAAGAAAGCUUAGCUACAGAGAAUUCUGUGGAAGGAGAUAAAGUCACUGUAGCAGGUGUCAAGAGUAAAAAAGAAGACUGGUUAAAAUGCCAACCAGUGAAGCAAAAGAAACUGGAAGAAAUCUCUACAGCUGAGGACAGUAUUCCCCUUGAUACAGCUAUACAGAUCCUCGAUGGAGAUGGUGAGACUCUUCACAUUCCAAUGAAAGACUCAAAAGAGGUAUUUCAGACCUACAGGAAAAUGUAUCUGGAAAAAAAUAUGCAAAAGUCUUGA